AUGGCCAAUGUCAACGCAGUGAUGACUGAGAAAAGAGAACACACUGGUAAGUAUGAGAAAAUUUGCAUCAAUGAUGACACUGGCAUGGUAUUUGCUGAUGGAUGUAACCUAAGUAAAUUGGAGGGAGGUUCUGUGGGACAGGAGAGCCAUGAGCACAAGGAAUCAUGGGAAGUCCCUAACCAGGGAUCAGAUCCACCUAACACACAGAGAUGUCCUUUUACACAGAACCAUGACAAGUGGGAGAAAUGUGCAAAAAUCAUCAAUGAGUGGCCAAAAGCUCUUACCCAUCCUAAUGUCCAGAGGAAAGACAGAUCUUUUGAAUGUAAGAAAUACGGUGAACUAUUCAAUCAGUUCUCAGUGUGUACAGAGCAUGAGAAAAUCAAUACCAUGGAAAUGUCCAAUACAUAUACAGGUGAAAAAUACAGGGAAAGCCCUGAUGAGUCACCAAACCAAAUUGGACCUAAUACAAUAUGCACCCAAGAAGAUCCAUGGAGAAUCACGGAAUGUGAUGAAUCACUUCCACCAAGUUUAAGUCUUGAACAACAGCAGAACAUGCAGAAUGAAGAGAAACUUCAUGAAAUAGAAGAUUGUAAAACUUUCUUUAGUAGUUCCUCACAUCAAGGGAUGCAUAAGAGUAUCGAUGGGGGAGAGAAAACCUACAAUUGUAAAGAAUGUGGCAAAACCUACAUUUCUUCCUCAGAACUGCUUUGUCAUCAGAGAAUGCACACUGGAGGAAAACAUUACAAUUCUGAAGAAAGUGGGAAAGCAUAUAUGUUUUCCACACAACUCGUUCCUCCUCAGCUACUUCAUACUGGAGAGAAACCAUACAAAUGUAAACAUUGUGCAAAGACCUUUAAAUGUACCUCAAGCCUUUGUAUUCAUCAGAGAAUCCAUACUGGAGAAAAACCUCACAAAUGUAAUGAGUGUGGCAAACCUUUUAUUAGUUCCUCACAUUUAAAUGUGCAUAAGAGAACACAUACAGGAGAGAAAUCCUACAAAUGUGAAUGUUGUGGAAAGGCUUUUGCUCAUUCCUCAUCUCUUGCUGUGCAUCAGAGAAUCCACACUGGAGAGAAACCUUACAAAUCAUCUUGCUUCCAGUGGAGAUUGAAUCAGUAUCUCAGUUGUGAGCUUCAGUCAUUUGAACUGCAGCUUGAGAUCCUCCAUGGUGAUUAUGAAGAGUAA